UAAACAAAGUAUGAGCAGUGGUUACUGUGUAUUGUGAGCUAAUGACUUUGCAGCUUACUCUAACCAGCCGCGCUCUCUGCCAGUGUCUUGAUCUCCUGACCAAAUUCAUGAUGUGGCCUUCGAAAACCUGGCAAAAGAUAAGUGCAUCUGAUUGGUCCAACCUGACCCUUAACCUGGAGGAGUCCCUGACCAGUGCUUUGGGUCAUUACCUGGACAACUGGAGGCGUAACGUGACAGAUGCUGCAAAAGCUUUGGACAAGACUCUGGCUGAGGAGAACUUCAGGGACGUCAUCUGGUAUCUGGCUGUGAUGAUUGGGAUAUUUGCCUUCAUUGUUGUGGCCAUCCUGGUGAGCACAGUCAAAUCCAAGAGGAGAGAGCACUCUAAUGACCCCUACCACCAAUACAUCAAGGAGGACUGGACUGCUCAGAUACCACAGAGUGAUGUCAUCACUAAUUGGUCAGCUAGAUAAUGCAAGCAUAGAUGCUUAACUUACAGCAAAUCAUCAGUAGAAGGAGCAGCAUCAGCAUAACUAACAGAUUUUCACAAAAUCUAUGGUCCUUUCUCAUGCUGAUCAAAUUUGUAAUCAGAAUAAUAAAGAAUAAUAAUCACUA